CUUGCCGUACAGAAUACAGUUGCAGCAUAUUUACUAUCAGAAGCUCCGCUAUGGCAGACAACUCUAACAAUCAACAAGGAACAUUUAACAAGCCCAAGGUUGAGCUGCACGUACAUCUCGAUGGAGCUGUCAGACUGGAAACUAUUCUGGAUGUUGCAAAGAAACGGGGAAUUGCCCUGUCUGCAGACACGGUAGAAGAAAUGGUGCAGUUGUGCACACUCAGUGAGCCUGCCACACUGACCGAGUUCCUCAGCAAGUUCAACCACUAUAUGCACGUGGUCGCGGGUGACCGGGAGGCCAUUAAAAGGAUUGCUUACGAGUUUGUUGAGACUAAAGCCAAAGAAGGAGUGAUCUACGUGGAGGUGAGGUACAGCCCACAUUUCCUGGCCAAUAGUAGUGUGGAUCCCAUAGCCUGGAACCAAAAAGAAGGUGACCUGACCCCGGACGAGGUGGUCAGCCUGGUUAACCAGGGUCUGAGCGAGGGGGAGAAGGCCUUCAACAUCAAAGCCAGGUCCAUUCUCUGCUGCAUGCGUCACAUGCCAAACUGGUCAAUGGAUGUGGUGGAGCUGUGCAAGAAGUACCGCAACGACGGAGUGGUGGCCAUUGACCUGGCAGGGGACGAGUCGCUGAACUGUGAGGCUUACCCAGGGCACAGGAAAGCCUAUGAGGAAGCUGUGAGAAGCGGGAUCCACAGGACCGUCCACGCCGGAGAGGUGGGCCCGCCCUCGGUGGUGAGAGAGGCAGUGGAGGUCCUGAAGGCGGAACGAAUUGGACACGGCUAUCACACCAUUGAGGACCCGACACUGUACAAACAGCUGCUUGAACAGAACAUGCAUUUCGAGGUUUGCCCAAUUUCGAGCAAGCUGACCGGAGCCUGCAAUCCAGAUUUCACCAAACAUCCUCUGAUCAGGUUUAAGGAAGAUAAAGCAAACUUCUCACUGAACACAGAUGACCCUUUGAUAUUCAACUCGACCUUGGACACAGACUACAGAACGGUACAGAAAUACAUGGGCUUCACUGAGGAGGAAUUCAAAAGAGUGAACAUAAAUUCAGCCAACUCCAGUUUCUUACCUGAGAAAGAGAAGAAGGACCUUCUUAACCGUUUGUAUGAGGCCUAUGGCAUGAUGGAGACUACCAGCUUUUGAAAGGAACCACUGAAAGCAGCACAGACACGCAGUGCUUUUAUGAGUACUGUUAAUAUGCACAAACCUCUGGUGGCAGAGAACUCCACAGCUCAGAAUUCUGGUAUCUCCUCCCACCCAGACUGAAGGUCAAAUUCUGACUUCCUGGGAAGGAGAGCUCAUUCUACCAAAACAUAUAAAUGCAACUAUUGACAGACAGUAAAUUGGCCAGUAUUGAUCCUUUUUUACAUAUUAAUGUCAGUGACUGCAAGACAGAAAUUGCCAAAAAUGCAUGUACCCACAAAUUCAAAGUUGUACUGAAAAUCAGUUACACUGGUAAACUGGAGUUACAUCUCCAUGGAAUGUAAGAUAAUGGGAAUUAGGUGUAAAUCAAUGAAUUUGUCAUCCAUUAUGAAAAUCACAUUAGUCUAAAAAAUAUGUCAACUCCCUUGUAAUCAAUCAACCCCUAAUUAUAAUGUGUGUUUUGGCAUUUUGGAACACAGCCACAACAACUGGCAAAAAAGUUGAUGCUUAGUAUUCAGUAAAGACUGUUGAAAGAUUGGAGCCAUUAUGAACACAAGCAUUACUGUCAAUGAUUGAAGACCUGCAUCAUAACCCUUAAAGCAUUCUCAGUACUCAUUCAUUAGACAUGAGUCUUUUAGUUUGGGAAAAACUAUUCCAUAUUACAUUACAAAUAAUAGUCCAUUUAUCAGA